UGCUGAUACAUGGAGCAGAAAGAAUGUGCACCUUCUGUUGUUAGCUAUACUAGCAGUAUGAUACAUGGUAUUUGUCAAUGUAAAUAAUUUGGAUGAAGCUUUGAUGAGAUUGCUUGAAAACAUGAAAAGAAUUGCCAUUGAGAUGGUAUCAAAAAGCUAUGGGGAAAUCAUAAGGAGCUAUCCAGAAGUUGCAAACUUCAUUGAUGAGAUGGUAUUAGACAAGAGAAUGUGAAGGGUCAAUAUUUUUUGGAAAGUAAAAUUGGGGAGAUGAUACGUGUCUGUCACCACCGUCGAAUGCUGUCACAUUCUUACCCCACCGUUCGUUCCUUCAGCCAUUUCAAGGCUUCAUUUUUUACCGACCCAGAUAAGCAUUUGCUCCAUAAACACAAUUGGACUCCGAUUUCAGACACCCGAAGAACCUUAGCCCCCAAGAUACUGAUCCCAAUUUCAUCACAUGAUGCAGCACUCAACAAGCUUAACGCGGAUAUAGCGGUUUUAGGUCGCCAUGGCAAAGUCAAAGAAGCAAGGAAAUUGUUCGACGAAAUGCCCCACAGAGAUGAAGUUUCCUAUAACUGCAUGAUUGCGGUUUACUUGAAGUAUAAGGACCUACCCAGAGCUGAAUCCUUGUUCAAGGCAAUUCCCCAUAGGAACAUUGUUGCUGAGUCAGCAAUGAUUGAUGGGUACGCCAAAGCUGGUCGUUUGGAUGAUGCUCGCAAGGUGUUCGAUGAAAUGCCUGCGAGAAACGUGUUCUCCUGGACCAGUAUGCUUUCUGGGUAUUUUGGGUGUGGAAGACCCGAGGAGGGUAUGCAGUUGUUUAGUCAAAUGCCUGAGAAAAAUGUGGUUUCAUGGACUACAGUGGUUUCAGGUUUGGCUCGAAAUGGGUUGGUGGAUCAAGCUCGCAAGUUCUUUGAUAUCAUGCCUGAAAAGAAUGUCAUUACUUGGACAGCUAUGGUCAAGUCAUAUCUUGACAAUGGCUGCUUUGACAAGGCAUAUGAGCUCUUCCUUGAGAUGCCAGAGAGAAAUGUUCGUUCUUGGAACAUCAUGAUUUCGGGUUGCUUUGGAGCCAAGAGAAUGGAUAAGGCUAUUGAGUUGUUUCAAUUGAUGCCGGAUCGGACUCAUGUUUCGUGGACAGCUAUGGUUUCUGGUUUGGCACAAAACAAGAUGAUUGACACUGCAAGGAAGUACUUUGAUCUAAUGCCUUAUAAAGAUGUCCCCGCAUGGACUGCAAUGAUCACUGCAUAUGUUGAUGAGAAGCUCAUGGAUGAGGCUAGUGAGCUUUUCAACUUGAUGCCAGAGAAGAAUGUUGUGACUUGGAACAUGAUGAUUGAUGGUUAUGCAAGGAUUGGUGAUGAAGGGGGUGCCUUGAGAAUCUUCAUGUUGAUGCUAAGAUCUUGCUUUAGACCCAACGAAAUCACCAUGACUAGCGUGGUUACUUCCUGCGAUGGUGUGGCUGAGCUCAUGCAAGCUCAUUCGAUGAUCAUACGUCUCGGGUUUGAGCAUGACACCUGGCUUACAAAUUCUCUCAUUAAUUUGUAUUCCAAGAAUGGAGAUCUUAGUUCUGCUAGGCUUGUUUUUGAAACAUUAAAGUCAAAGGAUGUAGUUUCAUGGACUGCAAUGAUAGUAGCCUACUCCUAUCAUGGACAUGGUUACCAUGCAUUACAGGUUUUCGCACGCAUGCUAAUUUCCGGAAUCAAGCCAGAUGAGGUAACAUUUAUAGGACUCCUAUCAGCUUGUAGUCAUGCUGGUCUUGUCAACCAAGGUAGAAGAAUAUUUAACUCAAUCAUAGGAACUUAUGAGUUAACUCCUAAGGCAGAGCAUUAUUCGUGCCUUGUUGACAUUCUAGGCCGAGCCGGACUUAUCGAUGAGGCAAUGAAUGUAGUAUCUACUAUCCCUCCUUCCAAAAAAGAUGAAGCUGUUCUUGUUGCAUUGCUUGGUGCAUGCAAGCUUCAUGGGGAUGUUACAAUAGCAAAUUAUAUUGGCGAGAAGCUUUUAGAACUUGAGUCAUAUAGUUCAGGAGGGUAUGUACUUCUGGCCAAUACAUAUGCUGCAGAAGGGAAAUGGGAUGAGUUUGCAAAGGUAAGGAAAAGAAUGAGGGAAAGGAAUGUGAAGAAAAUUCCAGGGUAUAGUCAAAUACUGGUAAAUGGAAAAAACCAUGUAUUUUUUGUUGGGGAUAGAUUUAAUCCCAAGGUUGAGGAAAUUUAUGGAAUGUUGCAACAUAAUCUUCAACCUUUGAUGAGGGAAAUGGGUUAUACACCAGAGUCAUUGCUAACAGAUUAGUUUCCAUUUUUCCAAUCAACUAAAGA